UGCUGAUGUUUGGACCGACAGACAAGCGCAGGUAUCCAUCCGAUCUACACCAUCAGGCUUUACCACAAGGAUGCGGAAGUGUGUGUGAAAACUUUGGACACAAAAUGCGCAUGAGUUUUAGUAGCUUACACCGCAGCAGAAUCAUGAACCAGUGCAUAUAAGAGGCCAGCUGGUGGGCAGCCAUGGAGGGAACUACCCCAGCACACAGUGAACCAAGCCCCGUGACCACGGCACCAACAGAGCUAACACAAGACAUGGUAACUGAUGCUCAGCCAGGAUCCGAUGAAACGCAUGUCCAGACAGUGAAGGUCGCUGUCGUUGACACAGAAAAAAGAACCUCUUUACCACAAGAACACCAGGCUGAGCUGCAAACAGCAGAAACAUCUGCAGCUGGGACGGCCACUGCAGCAGUGGAGAAUGGGACUGCUGUUCAGUCACCUUCUGGAGAAAGAGACCAUCAAGAGAUGGAGGUGAUGGAGUCAACUCCAAAUCCUGUGGCCACCACUGAGUGUGAGCCACAAACAACUCGUCCGUGUGUGGAUGAGGCAAAAGCAAUGGCAAAAACGAAGGAGAAAGGCCAAAGUGGUGCCAGGAAAUACGUCCCAUCCAAGAAAGCCAUGACUGAUCCUCUGAAAAUGGACACGUCCAGUUCACUGGAAAUGCAUUUUACAUCUUCUAUGCUGUCUCGACAAUGCGAUGAGUGCCACAUUAUCUUCAGUGACAACAAGAGCAAAGAGCGCCACCUGAAGCUGAGCCACCCUGCAGAAUACGAACAGUGCAUACUGAGGAACGCCCUGUUUGCCUGUUACGUUUGUGACCGUCACUUCACGAACUCCACGGAGCUCAUGGCCCAUCAGAAAACCCACACGGACAAGAAGCCGUUCAAAUGUCCGAUUUGUGGCCUGGCCUUUAGGAAGUCAACAGAGCUAACCUUUCAUAAAAAGAGCCAUUUUGGCAAGGACGGAUAUUCCUGCACCGACUGUGGCAAACCUUGCAAAACACUGACUUUGCUCAAGUAUCAUCGUCGUGCUCACACUGGGGAGAUGCCCUAUAUUUGCAAGGAAUGUGGCAAGAGGUUCCCAAUGCCCAAGGCUCUGCAGAAACAUAUUUUGUCUCACUCAACAGAGGGCGCUGAAGUGCAGGAGGGAGACGCUGCAGCUAAAACAAAGAAAAAUGAUGUCAGGUAUUCCUGUUCCCUAUGCAAGGCCAGUUUUAAAAGUCCCAGGACCCGACUUCAUCAUAUGAAAACAAAGCACAAUAUGUUGCCUUCUGGAACCAGGAAUCAGACAUCAGCAAAGCAGCAAGUAAAACAAAGUACUCCUAUCAUUACUCCAAUAUCAGUCUGUCAACCAGGACUGCUACAGCUGGAGCCAAAUGGACCUUUGCAGAAGGUUGACGCCAAUGUUGACACGGAGCAGAUAUGCCGACUCAUUGAAUCGUUAGGAAAUGUGCAAAAAGUGAAUCAAGUGGUCAUAUUGGGACAGGUGCCACCUCAUGCUGAGCCUCUGGAACUGCAGCAGAUAUCACAUCUAACUGAAACAGUAAAUCUGAGUCCAUCACAGAUAGAUUUCAUGAGUCUGAAACAGUCCCAGACCCUUGGACUGAACGACCUAAACAACCAGUGUGAUCCAAUGGAACAGACAAUCAUCCUGGAGCCCAUUACACCAGAUGGACAGCUGGAAAGCGCCACUUUUUCAGAACUCGGCGCUCACAUAGCCGCAGGUGAAGACAUACAGCUAACACUUGUUCACAGCGCAGAGGCCGAGAGACCAGAGGGAGACGUGCUGCACCAGAUCAUUCAGCAUGACAUUAACCAGGUUCAGUCUGAACCUGUGGAUCAGUUGGUUUGUCACAACGACAUAAACCUGGAGCAGACAGUCAUAUUAGAACUCACUCCUGCUCUGAUACCAACUUCAGAGUUAGAACUAUCCCACACUGGUCAACACAACGAAACUCCAACCUCCUCUUUGGUGUCAACCUCCCAAAUGGCAAAAUCCCCUGAUCAGCCCCCACAGGGUGAGGAGGAGGAGGGCAGCAUGUCGGACCCCCAGCUUAUUUCAGCAGCUGAGUUAGUGGAGACUAGCAUACAAACUGACAUGGGAAACAUUCCUCCAAGUUCUGUUGUUUCCCCUGACACAAUAACCCAGUAUUUAAGUACGUCAGAAUCAAAUUUAGAAAAAGAUGAAGAUUCACAGAUGCAGACAGAAAAACCAGAACACAUUCACAGUGUGAUGGAUGAAGAUGCACCGCAGGAGAGCAUUGAAAAGGUUGAACUAGAAUUAUCUGAACAGAAAAAAACUGAGAAAUUACCGGAAGAUAAAAAGCAGGAUCCAGUUGAGGAGGAGUCGUCAGCUGCUAAAGAGAACACCUCUGCUCAGAAUAACCUCUCUGCCAAGAAGAAAGUGUCGGAGAACAAGCAGAAGCUGCAGAUCUCCGAGUUGCCUGUAAAUGUAAUGUCAGCUCAGGAGUUGGUUAAAGUGAGAAAAAGAAAACCUGCAAGAGCGUUCUUCUUCCAAGGAUACAUCCAGGAACAGAUCAGUUCUGUUUACAGUGACGAUUUUCAGCUAAACGCCAGGCCCGCCAAACGCCAAAGAAACAAAAAGUCUCGUCUUGUGGUGAAAAUUGGGCCACAAGGCAAAGAUAAGAGAAACAAGAAGCAGAAGAGAGCUUCACAUCAGCAUCAGGCACCACAAGAAGACGUCACGACAAACACAGCUGAGGAAAAAGUAGCCCCAUCGAAGAAGGGGAGGAAGAGAAAGAAAGAUAGACAAGUAGGACAUUUGGUUUCUUCAGCUGAAGGAAAACUACCUUCAACCAUACGAGGUCCAAAGGUGAAGAAAAUCAAAGAGCACACAAAGAAAACUCAAAUAAAAAAGCAAGAAGGAGAAGUCCGAGAGGGUGUCAUGGAAGCAAGUAAACCCCAAACUGCAUCACCAGUGUUUGGAAAGAAAAAACAAGCCACAACGAUGAAAGACCAGUCUGACAAUCCAAAAGAGAGGAAGAGAAAGAAAAACCUGGGAAAGUCAGAAAAAGUCAUUUCAAAAACAACCAAACAAGGUUCACCCAUAACACAAGACUGUCUGCUGUUACUCAGGGGUCACAAACAGCCACAGCUGAAAGUUUACAAGUUAGACCCUUCAAAGGCCUCGAGUCAGACACCGGAGGUCGACCCUCAAGACUCUCAGACACAACAGAGCAAAGACGACACCACACCCACGCAGGAGUCUGCAAAUAAUCCUGUCAAAGGGAGUGGGAAGAAGGGAGGAAGAACAAAAAAGAGCCCGAAAGUUUUGUCCUUGUUGGCGUCUUUAAAUCCUUCUUGUCAACCAACUGAGGCAGCGCCCACCAAGCCCAAGACCACCAGGAAACGAAAGUCCUCCUCGAAAAUAGAGACGGAAGGUGUGAUAACGUCCAAACAGGCCUUGGACUGCAAGGACUGUGGGCAGAGAUUUAACGAACUGUCAUCCCUUCAAAAACACAAGGCAACAAUUCACAUGUUGGAUAGUCCUGAUCUCACCUACACCAACGGGAACGUCUUUGAAGGGGUCUCCAGGCUGAAUGUUGCCACAGACUGGGACACUGAGCCUGAGCUGGGAGAGAAGGCUUCAGAGGACAGAGAGACAACUGUCUCUUUUCCAACUUUGAUUCCCUCCCCGUCGUUACCGGUUCCUGCUCCUGCUCCUGUGGAUAUUGACCUUAGUGCUCAGUCUCAAGCUUCUGGAGAUGUUACUUCACAAUUAGCUAACAGUGCUACAUCUCCAAGUGAGUUAAGAAACUCUAUUCUGUCAAAGGAUUUGGAGACAGCAGAACCUUCAGCAUCAAGUGAAAGCAAGCAAGAGAAAGGUACCCAGAAACACCCCAGCUCAGACUCUGAAGAUAAGGGUAACAUGGAAGAAGAUGUCAAAGAGGAUUUACUUCUUGAGGUUGAUUUAGUUACCGUCGGGGAGCAGAACGAUAAAGAAGGUUCUGGGUCUAAUCUGGAAACUUGUCCUGAGCAAAACGAGAACGAAAGUUCUGUUUCUGAGGGUGAAAACUCUGAAACACCUAAAGCAACUGGUCGGGUUGUUGAAACACCAAGAGCAAAAAGUUUGACUUCUCAGACUGUGUCCUUUUCUACUCAUCAAGAAGAAAUCAAGGAAGAAGAGGAGGAGAUGUUGGUCCAGAGAAAAAAACGUAGAGGGAAAGGCGCCGACGCCAACAAUGUCAUAAUUAAGAGGAGAGAAGAAGGUGGAGUCACAACUGAGACAGAGAAAGAGCAGAAUGAAUGUGAGGUAGUUUUUGAAAAGCAUCCCAUCAAUCCUGAUUUAGAAAAAGAGGACGAAAACCAGACCGGAAUUAAAACCUGUCAGACAGAGACCAGACCUGAAUCACAGGCCAACCAACCUGCUGCUCCUGUUGAACAUUCACCUCUAAUCCCCUCUGUUUUAGAGGGAUCUGCUGAGGAACAAGUUGUGUUUGAGCUGGACUCGGUCACUACUAGUGUUGAUGAAGUGAUGAAUGAGGGAGGUCUGCAAGGUGGAGACGAGGAGGACAGGGACACUGACCGAUCUCCAGGCAUCAUCCUGGAGAAGUUUCUCACCCUCAGGCAGAAGGGAAGUGCUGACAAAACGCCGUGCACCAUGACAGCAAAGGACAGUCCAAGACCAGGUCACGUCGGUGGGAUCCCAGAGAUCAAGGUUGAAGAGACCAUGUCAGAUUCACCACCUGUGGUACCUGUGUCUCGAGACAAACCGAACACGAGUGUGCAGCGUCAGCAACAACGUGAUGUUCUGGUGAAAGAGGAGAGCAGUCUGGUCAGAUGGAACAUGGAGCCAGUGAAUAAUGGAAACACUGACACCCCUGUGAUGCAGGAUGAAGAGACGACAGACUGCUGUGUCACUAAAGAGUUCCACAGUGUCCAGUGCAUCUUCUACCCCGUGAAGGAGGAAGAGAGAGAGGUUCCUAUAGAGUCCACUGUGACCAGCAGGGGGACUUCCACCUCAGCUGGAUCCAGUGCUGCCGAUCAGCCUGAGCUUCAGAGUGCAGAUGGUUCUUUGUGUGAAGGGAGCCAUGCUGCACAGGACAACCAGGAAAUGAAGGAUUUCCCAGGGGUCAGUGACUUUGCAGAUGGACAAGAUGACGAGUGGCCGAAUCCACCAGACCUCCAGGAUUUUCUCCUGCGGGCUCCUGACGCAGAGGACACGGUUGGUUUGGAACUAUCUGAUCCUCAGCUUCACUCAGAAGAAGAGAUUAUGGCUUAUUUCUACAAGAACAGAAACCAGGGUCCACCACAACCAGCUGCCGCACCUCAAAGUGAGGUGACUUCAACAAACGAGCGCCGAGAAACGAGUAGCAAGAAGCCAAUCGAAUACUUCUCCACCUACUUUGGUUGGGAUACAUGGGUAGACGUAGCCCACUGCACAAAUUCACUACCCAACGUGACGACGUCUGUCUCAGCAAAAGAGGUUGCACAGUUUGUUGGGAUCCACAUCGCAAUGGGAACUUUAAAGUUUCCCAGUCCAAAGCUGUACUGGCAGGACUUGACUAAAGUGCCCUUAAUUUGUGACGCCAUGUCAUUGUCUCGCUUCACUGAGCUGUCGCGUGUGUUGAGACUAGCUGCUCCACCAGGAGAUCCAAUAAACAGGCACGUUGCAGAGGAAAGGCGUGAUGCUGACCUUCAAAUAAGAAGACAGAGUGUUGAACCCAGUCAGUGUUACAGAGCGAAUGAAUCCAGUUUAUCAACACCACAGACUGAUCCCUUGUGGAAGGUUCAGCCAUUAGUGUCACGGUUCAAAGCAGGGUGUCAGGCUCUGAGAAGACAGGACGAUUAUGCUGUUGACCAAUAUCUUAUUCCUUUGACUGGCGAGCAGCACAACAAAAAGUACUCCUUUCCGUGCACUAUGUUGAUUGGAUUUGGUGGUUUGCUCCUACAUUUGGAUCUUAAAAUUAAUCUCUCAGAUAAAGAGGAAGCUGUAGAAAAGAUGGUCCCACGAGGCAGUACAGUGUUUCUUUGCAAACAAGAACUUUCUACUCCCGCGAUGCUCGAACGUCUGCUCGCCGCCGGGGUUCACGGUGCGGGCAGGGUUGGGGGAGCACGAGGACAGAUCGGAGAUGAGUUUGUGAGCUCAGACGGGAAGCUGAUGCUACGUAGAUCACACUGCGGCUUCAUACUUUCCACUGCUGGAAUAGGACACAGGAACAUGGCCUCUCUGGUGGACAGCUUUGAGAAAGCACACAUGUCGGCUCAACUUAACAGAGAUUUGCGACAACUUUAUCCCAUUCCUGUCACUGCAUCGGCCGCAACCUGUUGGCCUCAAGCAGUUCUCUGGUACCUGACAGAUCAAGCUUUGGUCAACUCUUGGCUCCAGUACCGACAGGAUCACAAAGAACUAUCUGCACACUUGACUUUCAUGGACUUCAGACUGGAGGUGUCAAAAUCAUUGAUCCUCUCAAGUGGCUCUGAUACCCAGGACUCUGUUCCUCCUCACCCUCCCACAGAGAAUACCCAUGCCACAAAUGAGGGUCCCAGUCCCAGCCUGGUAGAGGAAAGCCCUCUGCCAGACGCAGCCACGCGGUACGAUGGUUCAGGACACUGGCCCGAGCAGCUCGGCGAGGGCGAGGGGGGCAGAUGUCGAUUUGGAGACUGUCAGAGAACAUCUCGAGUUCUAUGCCUUAAGUGCUGCGUCUUUCUGUGUAUUUCACGCAGCCACAACUGUUUUUUAAAUUUUCACAAUCAAGCAAGUUCGGGAAAAGAACUGUGAUUUGCUAACAUUUCACCCAAAUUCAUUUUUUUAUACAUCUGUCCUGAGUCAGAAGGUAGAUUUUAACAGUGACAGUUACUGUACUUCUGACGUGCUUAAGAUACGUCAAAAUGAAAACUGUUAAACGUGUUAAAAUUUUUUAAUGUUAUUGCUGUUCGUUAUGGGUCGAGUUAAAUUUGACUUAUGAGGAAAAUAAAUAUUAAGUAACUUGUAAAUAGGGUUACACUGUUGAAUUGCAAUUAGUUUAAUUUAAUUUGUAAUUUACAUUCUAUGAUGAGGAAGAUUUAUCUUUAUGAUCGUAACCUUUAACCUUCAAGAAAUCAAUUAAAAUACGACAUGUAUAUAUUGUGUUUAAAGGUGUAUUGUGUUUUUUGUGUAUUUAUACAUUGUGUAACUGUGACUUUAAGCUUGUGAAUAUAAAAAUAUGAUAAAGUACCUUCAAUGGUUUAAUUGAAUGUAGCUACACUACAUACUCCUGACAAACAGGUCGGGUUUGCCAACACAUGGAAGUUGAUGUAUCUGUGAGCAGCAUGUUAAAAAGUGAGAAUUCAAUUUAAAUUAUUUUCCAGGGUAUUUGACCAUGGCAGAUAUGAUGUGAUUUUGAUGAUGGCUUGUGGAAAAAAAUGUAUUUUCUGUUCUCAUCUCAAGAUGAUUAAUGAAUGCAAAAAAAGACCAAAUAAUAAUAAAGAUGUCACUAUAAACUA